AUGACAAUCCAGAGCAUCACCGGUACGACUUGUGGAGAUGAUGGAAUUAAUUCUGGGUCAGGUAAGGUUUAUCAGAACUAUUUGAUGCCUACACUAAAACUAUAUGAUGCAAAGGUAUCGAUCAAUCACUGGCAAUUGAGAGAUUGUGUGAAGUAUUCUUCAACAACUCCGGGAAGCGUAUAUUACAUUUAUGAUCAUUCGGUCCGAUCAUUAGACACAAGGUCUACUCAACGAGAAAUACAGAAUGAGAAAUUAGAGAGGCGCAAGAGAAGAACAUCCAUGACUAAUCAAACACCGCGCUGUGAACUUUUAAAGGACUACCAUUCACCCUCGGAACUUGUUGUUCAAUUUGACUAUAAACCGAGAUGUUUCCGUGAAAACGGGGGUUUGAUCGCAUGCGGAGGCUUAAUAGGGUCGGAUGAUAGUGGAAGUAACCUGAAUGGUUUCUCUCUGCAUUCUGAAGAAGGGGAUGAAGAUAAUCUUACCUCAGUGCGUGGGUCUGAGCGUCCAUCUGCCGUUCGUACGGCUCCAAAUGUGGAACCUAUGAAACUAGCCAAUAGUAGCAUCCUCACAGAUAAUAGUUUUUAUGGCAAUCAACUGUCUUGGAAAGGUAUUGUCGCAUUGUACAAUAUAGAAAACGAUGUCUCAUUAACCUAUAAGUUGGGGCAGUAUAUCAAUAACUGUGUUGAAUUAUAUCAGCGUAAUUCUCAGCAGUACGAUUUAUACACCUGUAAUAAUGAUUGUCACAUGUAUCAAUGUGACGUUAGCAAUAGGGGCGUUGAAUUAACGAGGCGAUUUUCUGACCUAAAGUUCGCUCUAAACAGUACAGCAAUUUCCCAUGACGGAAAGACUAUGGUGGUGUCUGGCGAUUCAAGUAAGUUUGCAAUUUAUCACCAAAACCAACUUAAUGGAUCAUUCUCAUUGCAGUAUGAUACUGCUCCUGAUUGGGGUUCGAAGUGGGCUAAAACAAAACGUGUUCCAAGGUAUGCUAUAAUGGAUAGAUCAGAAUACGUUGACCGAAUUUAUGAUUCACCUGGUGGUGACAACGGUUUUUGUACAAGCUAUAGUGAGAAUGAUUUGCAGAUGGCCACACUAUUUCAGAAUGGUUUAUGUUUAGUAUACGAUAUGAGAAAAAUGGACACUCCGUUAGCUGAAAUAUCUUCUACUAGAAGACAUUCCCAAAAUGGUUCUUUUAGAGUCUGUAAGUUUAGUCAGUCCUUCGAUGAUUUGUUAUUCAUCUCUGAACAUCAAAGUCAUGUCCAUGUGGUGGACACAAGAAAUUUAAUGAAUCACCAGGUUAUCGUUAUACCAGAUAAAAUCAAGAAUAAUGAGGAAGUUGAAAUUUUAAAUACUAACUCAUCCUCGGCUAGACGUACUUCACCGUCAACUAGUGAUCCUUGUGUCACAUAUGCAACGAAAAUCCCGAUAAGAAGUUUAGAGCCAGAGGUCUUACCCUAUCCUAAGGUCGCAUUGUAUUCUACCUUGCAUCAAAAUGGCUUUUCUGACGACCCUAGUUCUACUCCAUUUGGCGCUGAUAUGACACAACGUAGGAGGAGACACUCUACUUUUAGAGUUAGAAGAUAUUCAACUAGUACUAGAGGACCUCCUAACAAUGAAGGGAUAGUUGAUGGUAUUGAUCCAACUAUUCUGGACCAUCAUUAUACGGAUCAAAAUUAUCGUGCAGUUGAUAAUUACAACUAUGUUAUCAAUGUUAGUCCCUCUGAUGAGACGCGAAAUUCGGAAUCUACCGUCGAUGAUUUAUCUAGGACGGCACGCAAUACGAUGCCAAUGGAGGAUAUGGUAGAUGAUGAAACACUGGAGGAAAACCAAGGUGUUGCAGAUGAUGAGAGCGAUUCAAUGAAUUCGAUUGACGUCUAUAAUGACGGCCCAGAAGUUGGCCAAGGGGGACAGUUCCUUUUUAGCAACCUCCAUAGUUCGAGACCUCGUCAUGAAGGUAUGUCGAUGACAAUGACUAGUGUACUAAACGGCAAUAGAAGGGACUCAUCAUCUAGGCUUGGAAGAGCUCCUCCGUUUAUUACUACUACUGCAGACUAUUUUGAAGAAAAUAGCAUAUCUGGCAUUGACUGGAUACAGGAUGCAGAGGGUAGUUCAUUAGUUAUUGGAACAGAUUAUGGUAUAAUAAAAUGGAACAUCAACUCGUGGGCUAGAAGGAGUUUCCCAUGUUAUGAUUUUUGUUGA